AUGAUUAACGCACACCAGGAAGGAAAUACUGUUUGGCUCGUUACCGGUGCCUCGAAUGGUGUUGGUGCUGCAUUCUUGCCUCUUCUCCUCUCUCGGCCUGCCACUACUGUGGUUGCCUUGCAUCGUGCCACCUCCGCAGUUGCAGAUAUUGAUGUUCACUCUACUUCUGCCAUUUAUACUCACAGCUACGAUGCUGUCAACACCGAAGCAGAAAUCUCCAAACUGGCUGAGGCCAUCCGCACGGCACGUGGCAUUAACCGUAUCCACAUCGUCCUGGCAUCUGCCGGCAUGGUGGAUGGGAUGAAACCUGUUCUGAGCACUGGCUGGGAGGAAGUUCAGAAACAUAUGGAUGUCAACUUCGGAGGGCCAUUGAAACUCGUCCAGGGCCUGAAAGGUCUCUUGGGCUUAGAUGCUUCGACCGAUACGCCAAACACUAGUGGAACCAAAUUCAUCUUUAUCUCUUCUUCUGUCGGAUCACUUACCCAGACUGAACUAGUUCCAGGCUGUCUGGCCUACGGAUCAAGCAAGGCGGCGGCCAACUACAUGAUCACUCGUCUUCAUGUGGAAUUGGAGGCUCACAACUUCAUCACCGCUGCCAUUCAUCCUGGCUGGGUGCGGACACGGAUGGGCUUGCAUGCAGCAGACGAGUGGGGUGUCAGUCGAGAUUUCGUGCCACUGACAUCCGAAGAGAGCGCCGCCGCAAUCCUGAAGAUUGUUGACACCUGCAGCAGGGAGACCGUCGGAGGCAGGUUCUUGAGUUACGAUGGCACUGAACUGCCUUGGUAA